CUGACAGGAAGCGUUUAAUUUCUGUUGGCGCGUCGCUACGAGCCGCUAAGAAACGUUGAGUAAGACAAAAAUUCUCUUUCACAAGUAAGUUUAGAAACUAGUCGUGCAUUUGUACACCUUGGUGAGACUUCUGUCAUGGAAGCGACUGCUCCCAACUUGGCAAUAACGGUAACUUUAUUUAGGCUGUCAAUAAGGAGGUCUCGAACCUGCUAGACUCUUGAGGCAUCUCUGUUGUGUAAUGGAAAGAAUGUUUUCGGGAGGUUUGUGUCAAAAUCCUCAUCUGCUUUCCUUCUCUGGAAAGAUAAUCGUAUUUAACUGUAAACGAGCUUCAUCCCCAAAUGGCGGCGAAAGAAGUGAGCUAGUAUUCAGUAGCUUUUCAUUUGAACGGGAAGACAGCACGUUCCUGAAGGCAGCCGAUGGAGCGGCAGUCAUCAGCCGAAAGAAGUCAUCGCAUGUGGAUAUUGUAAAAUGUAAAUGUGCCAUAAAUGUUCAGAAGAGAGUCACCACACCAUGUAUUUUAGUGACAAAAAAGAGUCAGAAAAGAGAGAGCUUCCAGUACAGUCUCUUCACACUGAACAAUUCAAACAGUCUGAAGCCCUGCUUUGAGUUUAAACUCUCCUAUCAAAUUGGGGAGAAGGUGUCCAUCCUCUGGGGCCCCACUGUGUUGUGGAGCCAUGCUGGUAAUGUCUUCUACACCUCUCUGCAGGCAGGAGAGGUGAAACAAGUACCCAUUCAGGUGUCCCACAGUGUUGUGGGAGAACUUCCCCUCCCCAAAGAACAAAUAUGUCUUCUCGGACUGCAAAACCUCCCGGCAGAGGACUCAAACAACCAGUCCGCAAGCCACACUCUGGGCUGUUUGGUUGAGAAUGGACACGUGUUUGAUGGAAGUAUGAUUUUGCCUCAUCCCUACAUUUGCAUCACACGCUGCAUAGCGGUGCUCUCGGCCGAAAAGAUGCAAGCAGAUGGAGUGCUGAAAUGUGCUGUAGUCGCAGCAACUUCUCAUCAGCAGCUUGUUUAUUUUGAGAAUGGCAUCGUGAAGAACAUAUGCCAGCUCCCCUUUGAUCAACCAGAGAAUAUUGAGGUGGUAAACACAGGAAGAAAUGGCUGCCUGUUUGCUGUGUCCUCUCAGCAGGGACAUGUAUGUGCUGUAUGGAAGGAGACAUUUCAGAUAGCCUCCCACUGGUCGGAUGUCAGCUCGCUCCACGUGGAUGACUUCUUGGGAUGUGGAUCAGACCAGAUGCUGCUGAUUUAUAAGGAACACAACGUGACAGGACAGCCAUUGAAAAGAUUCCUCCUCACUGACCUCUGUGGCAUUUCAUAUGCUCGUUGCCAGGACAAUAGCACACCAAAGACAUGUCCUCCUCCGCCAGAGAACCAUCUCCUCACUCUUCAAGCGUUAGAGUCCAGACUACAGAGUGGAUUGAGCGUGCUGCAGGAGCUUCAAAGAGAAAUGAGAGUGAAGGAAAGAGUUCUGCAGCAGUCUGUCAACGCCCUCACUGAUGCGAUAUCAGAAAGAGACCCUACGCUCACACAACCUGAGCAGGAAGGCCUUAUUGCUCUGUGGGACUGUGAUGAUGAGUCAAAGGAAGAUGCCUUGGACGUCAAGACACAAGACAUGCCAGCAGUGUCUUCAAAACCACAAGUUGACAAGCUGUGGCAUCGCAUCGCUGAGGACCAAAUGAUUGUGGGAGUGAUACUAACUACUGACAGCUCUGUACCACUGGCCAGUGUGAGCUUAUCCAUUCUGACAGAGACGGGCCAGAGCUCAUCGCCCGCAGUCAUCCAAACCCAGAGCCAAGUGUUCUGGCUCCCUGCACCCUGCUCCUCAUCAUCAUCAUCCUCCUCCUCUGCCUUCACGUUCCCAGAGCCCGCAGCCAAAAGGAGCAAGCAGCACAAUGAUCUCAACACAUGCAGACUGGCUGUGACUGCUGUGACCAGGCUGACACCUCUGUUGAACUAUGGCUGUGUCAAGUGCUGUGUCAUGCUUCAUUAUGUCCAGAGACAAGAUGCUUUUGGCCUUGUGAGCAACCCAACACUGGUUGUCCUGCAUUGUGGUCAAGUCGCUUUAGACAUCCACGAUGAUUUACAAACUGGACUAUUGAAAAACCCUGAACUCAAAACAGAGGAGGUCAAAGAGGACUUACUGAGUCUGAUGGCGGUGCUGGACCGCUGGGUCUUCCACAUAGACUCUCCUGAUCACAGCUUAGGUGAUGUAGAUGGCUGGAUUCAGAAAAGAGUGGGUUGUAAGAGGAUAGCAGUGAGCCCUCAAUAUCUGCUGUUGGAUUCUUCAGGACCAUCUGCUGUCAUGGUGCUGCACUGGCAUCAGAUAACCCCUUUCCAGGGGGAGCUGUCUGUCCAUUCCAGCCAUUUACAGAUGCUCCAGUUCCUGGACUCUCUCUUGGCUCACCUCCCUGUGUCCUGCUCCAUCCAGCCUGUCAAUGGUACAAGAGGACAGGGUGCAGCUCAAAUAUUUUCUUUGGCAUUAGAGAAAGAGGUGGUGACACUCAGAGAGUGUGUGUCAUUGCUACUUUGUGAAGGAGAGGAAGAAGAAGGGGUGGAAAACAGGAAGAGCCUGGAACACGAGGAGACCCCUGAGCCAGCUUCAGUAGAGGGGCUCCAGAGGUGUAGGGAGGUGUGGCAGAGGGAUGUGGAGAGGAGCAGGAUGAGGUUGAGCCCCCUGGUGGAUGUGGGGAGAUAUCGUAGUCUGACCCAAAGCAUGUUCAAAGUCCAGCUCGACGGGGAUUUGGCAGCUCUCUUAGACACUCAGAGAACUUUGCUCUGCUAAUGUGCUGCACAAGUCUGUGUUUCCUGGACAAGCAGUUUGUAUUAAUAGAAAAAAAACUCCUUAAUAGUACAGUGUCUCAAGUGUAAUCACUAAAAACGAUGUUCAUUAUGAAUGCAUAGCACAUUUCACCUGUACUAAGGGCUCCCUCCUCCGUUGCUGGCUUGCUUUAGUCUGUGCUGAGCUCUGUGUGUCUGCUCUCUCAGACAGCCUCUUGGGGUUUAUAUCUGCCUAGUGUCUGUUGCCGUGCAAAGCCUCAGCCUGUUUCCAUUGGAUCACCUCCUGGGUUUCACAGCUUUAAUCUGAUACUGGUGUGAUUCUGCUCUCUGCUUAUUCUCCUGUUCAUGUCCCCUCAGACCCUCUUUGUUCAAAAACGCUCUUUAAUGUCUGCUGCCGCUAUAUGCUCCAUUCAGUAGGAGAUGGAGACUUUCAUCCUUGAGUGAGAAACUGUUUGUGUUAUGAAUAAAGACAGACAGAUGAGGGUAGAGCAAGAUGUUAUAGAUCUGCUAAGUGGCUGGAAGUUGACUGAAAGCUUUUAGUGGUACUUUGUCCUCAUGGUUCAGUUAUUUUUCUGUGAAAUGAUGUAAAUAAAUAAAUAAAUAAAACGUCCUUGGAUGCUGCACAGGCUGUCAGCAGCUGUUAGUUAAAAUUCCAUUGGUCCAAAUAAACAUCAAACCCUACUUUAAAGGACCUCAGCUUUGCUGGAUACAUAAGGUCUGUGGCAGCUUGAGCAGUCGUGUUUGAUAAAACUGCUGGUCAGAGUUUUUUUUUUUUUUCUUUCACUUUCCCUGUGGGGGUAAAAACAUGGAUGUGUAUUUUGUUUGUUCUGAGAGCUUCUCCAUGUGUUAGUAGUCCUCAGUCUGAAGAGAGAUAACCCCCAACCCCUCCUCUUUUAAACCUUUAAUGUCUUUGCUUUAUUUCCUUUAUUUAUUAACUUCCACUGGAAUCGCUGCCCCAGGACUGCCCUAAACAUGAUUAAUUCAAGAUUUUCUAUUUUCAGGAGUGAUUCCCAGAGUGUUACUUCAUGUUGGUAAUCCUGCAAUGUGUUAAUGAUAUGCUACAGAAGUCAUGUCAUUGUGUCAUGUUAGAAUGGAAAUAAAUCUGUUUGGCUCAGUU